AUGACGGGACUAACACUAGUUAGACAGCUUACCAAGGCUCAAAGGGUAGACGAUUUAAAUGGCAGCCGUAGAUUUCUGCCCAUGGACACUUUGGAUAUGCUUAUCACGGAGGAUAACGUGAAGUCGGAAUUGGAAAGAAGGUCACCAAGAAGGUCGCGGAUUUCACUCACUUCCGCUCCAGAUCAGGCGCGGACGUUGGCAGCAAGGGUUGUAACCAAGAGAGCGAGAAAGCUUUUUGUGAUACUACUUCACCUCAAAAAGCCCUGGGAUGUCAAGAGACUGAUUGAUUUGGGAAUCAAUGAUGACCACCUGCCACUCUUCAGGAAUGGUCAAGGCAGAAAUGAAGACCAGCUACAGUCAGCUCGUAACGCGAAAGUCAUCUUCAACCCUCCUGCCGACUGGGACGAUCAAGACGGGUGCGACUUUAUUGAUAAGCAGUGGCUGGUAUUAGCUCCUGUUUUUGGAACAUCCGGAGCUCACAGGACACUGGAAGCUUCAUGUCCACUCCCGCUUAUCAAGGUGGACGGCAAGAUCCAUGGCCCUGGAAGUGUGGUGUAUAAGACCGACGUCCACACAUCUCAUCAGCAAGACAUCGCACUUGGAUCUCAGAAUGCUGAGAUUGCUUUGAAAGAGUUCAAGCGUGACGAAGACUUUCAACAGGAAAGAGACAACCUGAGGAGAAUCCGCAAACUCCGAAACAAGCACAUUACCAUCCAUUUCGAAACCUUUAGCCAGGGCGACAGGAGCUACAUUGUUUUCCCAUGGGCAGGAGGUGGGGAUCUGGAGCAUUUUUGGAAGGAUGGAGACAAAAAAACCCGAACACACCCGCUCGCUCUUUGGAGCUUGGAACAGAUGCUCGGUCUGUCUGAAGCCGUCCACGCUCUACACGAGGAGAUGGGCGAAGAUGCAAAUUGCCGCCACGGUGACCUUAAACCUCAGAACAUACUCCAUUUCCUCACAGGGUCAGAGAGGGGCAUCCUCAAGAUCUCUGACUUCGGAAUCUCUCGUAUUCAUCUGCAGAAGACUAUCAAUAGGAACAUGCAGCCUACAAUCACACGGGCGACAUCGCCGUCGUACGAAGCACCCGAGGCUGUCGUGGGAGAAAAUCGAGCUAGAUCCCGCAAAUACGACAUUUGGUCUCUCGGCUGCAUAUUCCUAGAGUUCACGAUCUGGCUUGUACAAGAUUGGGAGGCUAUCAAUAGGUCUUGCGAUGCCAGAAAGCCUAGAGGACAUCAGCAUGGUGGGGCUUGGGCGCACUUUUAUCGCAUCGACGGUUCUAACGCUUCUGUCCACCCCGAAGUCCCUCGCGCUAUACAUCGUCUCCAAGGCUUGGCGCCAUCUGCCCCAGGUACGGCACUGGGAGACCUGUUGGACAUCAUUCAGGGGAAUCUCGUGAGAGUUGACAUCAGGGAACGGCUUGACGCGAAGAGUCUUUGCGAGAAGCUCAAGCAGAUAAUUAGCAUGGCUCGUGCUAAUCCCGCAUAUCUGUUCGGUCCUGGUUAG